UAGGCCGUCUGCUUAGAAACCCCUUAAUAAAGAGAUAUUUGGCCCGUGUUUCUGCCGUGUUUUCAUUCCGAUGAUAAAAGGGUCACAGCAACAAGUAUUAGAGUUGAAAAGCCAUAUAAAAGAUUCGCCGUUCCGCUCCUUAAAACUCACGCCAUUAUCGGCGCCGCUCAAAUAAUUUCUAAUGUGGCCCUCGUUUCUCAGCCUCGUUUCCUUCUACGGCGGAUAUCUCCGCCGCUGCUUCUCCGCCGCCGGCCUUUCGCAUCAAGUCAUCAACAUCGAUGACCAAACAACCAUCGCCUUUUGGGGCCCUAAGCCCAAUAAAUCCACCGCAAAACCCUCCCUCCUCCUCCUCCACGGCUUCGGCCCGAUGGCCAUUUGGCAAUGGCGUCAACAAGUCCAAUUCCUCGCCGAUGAUUUCGACGUCUACGUUCCCGAUCUCGUCUUCUUCGGCGGUUCGACUACCAAAUCGGCGGAGAGGACGGAGAUUUUUCAGGCCAUGUCGGUCGGAAAGCUUAUGGAGAAGAUCGGAGUGAAGAAAUACUCGGUGCUGGGAACGAGCUACGGCGGAUUUGUGGCGUAUCAUAUGGCGAGGAUUUGGCCGGAGAGGAUCGAGAAGGUUAUAAUCGCAAGCUCCGGUGUUAACAUGAGACGGAAAGAUAACGACGCGAUGUUGAAAAGAGCUAACGUGGAAAAGAUCGAUGAAUUUUUGCUGCCGGUGACGGCGGAACAGUUACGGACGUUAAUGAAGCUCGCUGUAUUCAAGGGAGUUGGCAGAAGGAUGCCGGACUUCUUCUUGAACGAUUUUAUCCAUAAAUUGUACAUGGAAAAGAGGGAGGAAAAGAUUGAACUCCUAAAGUCGCUCACACUUGGGAGAGAAGACACUAUCAGCCUCUCUCCACUUUUCCAGGAGGUAUUGAUAAUAUGGGGAGAUCAUGACCAAUUAUUUCCCUUAGAAAUGGCAAAAGAGCUCAAAGAGAUUAUUGGGGAGAAGACAAGACUGGAAGUGAUGAAAGACACCUCGCACGUGCCGCAGAUUGAAGCCCCUGCAGAAUUCAAUCGACUUGUUAAGACUUUCUUAUGUGGGCCUUGACUUACACUGUUUCUUCUCUCACUUCUCACUUCAUGAAUUAAUCAGACUCUAAAUUCCCAUUUUCAAUAUUUUGUUCUUGUUCGUUGCACAAUAAUUUUGUUUUAGUUUUCUCUUAUAUCUAUACUAUCGUUUCGUAAAUUCUUAA